GUACCAUGAAUAUCAUGUGUAGUACUAGCUCGGUUUGGUGCAGUCGUUCAUGCGUGAUGUGGCGAAUGCCGCGUGUCAAUGUAAGCAAACUGUGGCAAUCAUUCGGAAUAAUGUUUAGCAGAUCUUUGUUCUUCAAAUGAUUCAUCGGUUAAUGCACUCUCGACCAUCCCCGUCGGUUCCUCCACAAGGAAGUUAUUAAAGUACACUUUUCGCGAAACGAAAACUGCUUUGCGAUCAUUUGUUGACAUCUUCAACACUCAAGAUUUGCUUGCGGUUCUAUCGCGAAGUGUUGAAUAAAAAUUCGUUGCGAUACUCUUGGCAUUAAAAUAAAAUCAAUCAGCCAAUUCAAGUUCAUUUAAGAUCAUUAUUCACAUAUAUAUCUCUGGCAACACUCAGAGACAUUCCUUCAGUUGUGCAGCAAAACUGUUGGACACGGUUCUAUUUUCAAGAGCUCGCGGUAUGCCGAAAGAAACGAAAGUUGUGAUUGUUGGAGCAGGUGCAGCUGGCAUUGCAGCUGCCUCAAGACUGCAGCAGAGAGGAGUGAGCGAUUUUGUGAUAUUAGAGGCCAAUGACAGGAUUGGUGGUCGGAUAUACACCAAAGACUUUGGUGAACAUGUGGUGGAUCUUGGAGCUCAAUGGGUCCAUGGACAAUCCGGAAACGUGGUGUACGAGAUGGCCUCCAAACAUAAUCUGCUGAGUUCAUUUGCUGUUCUGCUUGAUCCCAGCAAACAUGAAUUUGUCACUAUUAAUGGUGAAAUAAUACCCACCGAGGAAAGCAGCAAAGCCCUGAUGAUUUAUUUUGACAAAAUGGAACAGGAAAAAUUGAAAGAGGAAAAGGGAAACUUUGGAGAUUAUUUUAUAAGGGAAUAUUAUAAAGCUUUCGACGAGGAGCCUUUCACGAGUCGAGGUCGAGUUGCUGAAUAUUUAUCUUGGAUAGAAAAGAUGGAAAACUCUAUACAAUGCAGCGACUCAUGGUUUGACGUUUCCGCGAAACGUCUGACGGAAUAUUGGGAAUGCGAAGGUGAUUCUACCUUGGAUUGGAAAACUCGCGGUUAUAAAACAAUUUUUGAUUUAUUAUUGCGAAGAAUUCCAAACGCAGAGGAAUGCUUACCAAUAAUGGAAAAGAUAGAGUUCGGAAAAGUUGUGACAACUAUCAAUUAUAGCUCAGGCGAGAACGUGACAGUGAUUACCAGAGACGGAUGUGAGUAUUCCGCGUUGCAUGUAAUAUUCACUGGGUCCCUGGGUGUUCUGAAGGAGAAACAUUCCACGAUGUUCGUGCCACCCUUGUCACAAAAGAAACAACGUGUGAUAGAGGGAUUAAAUAUUGGAACAGCAAACAAGGUUUUCCUUGAAUUUCCACACAGAUGGUGGCCAGAGGAUAAAGCCAGUUUCGAUUUCAUCUGGUCGGAAAAAGAUAAGAAGGAAUUCUUGCAAAACUACGGCGAAAAUAGAGAAUGGCUCUGUGAUGUGUUUUCAUUUUUCACUGUGGCACAUCAACCGAAUCUUUUAUGUGCUUGGAUAGCCGGAAAAAACGCCAGACACAUGGAAACUCUAUCGGAUGUUGACGUAUUCAACGGAUUGUAUUUAUUGUUAAAAAAGUCAUUUGAGAAACAUUACAAUGUUGUGAAGCCAAUAAGAAUGUUAAGGUCCAAAUGGUACACAAAUGAACAUUUUCGAGGUAGUUAUAGUUUUCAAAGCACAACUUCCGAACUAAUGGAUGUAAGACCAAAAGAUUUGGCCGAGCCAGUUAUGAGUGGAAAUAAACCUGUAAUCCUUUUCGCUGGGGAAGCCACGCAUGAUCAUUUUUAUUCCACUGUACAUGGCGCUGUAGAAACUGGUUUCCGCGAAGCAGAUAGAUUAAUUGAUUUUGGAAGAACGUGCGAUCACUUAGAUCAACUGAUUGACAACCUCGACGAAGCAUUGAGGAUAGAGAUUGAAACGAAUGUGAGAAGAACAGAAAAAACGAGAGUUGUGAUAGUAGGCGCAGGAAUUGCAGGAUUGGCUGCGGCGAAAACUCUGGAGGAUGCGGGAUUUACAGAUUAUCUUCUCCUCGAAGCUCAAGACGAAGUUGGAGGAAGAAUUCAUUCUGUUCCAUGGGAUAAUGGCUGGAUAGAUUACGGGGCGCAAUUUUUGCAUGGCGACAAAAGCAGGCUUGCUCAGUAUUGUUUAAGCAAUGAUUUACUGUCGAACAUUCAAGGCACGGACGGCGAGGGAAUCUUUCUGCGCGAUGACGGUACAAUAAUAAGCGAGAGUUUGGUUCGCGAAAUUGAUGAUCUCGUACGAACCGUCUCAGAUGAUAUCUGCGAAUCCCGAAGACCUUUAAAGAAGCAGGAGAAUAUGGGAUCUGUCUUGAGAAGUAGGUUUGAGGAUUACUUGCGCGAGAAAGAUGAUUCUCCGACGGAGAGAAGGAUGAAGGAGGAAAUUUUUGACUGGAACGUGCGGUUCUUUCUAGUAGAUAACUGCUGCCAUUCGUUGGACGAUUUGUCGGCGGAACUUUGGGGAAAGUUUAAGUACGUUGGCGGACCGGAACAUUUGCUCUUCAAGUCUGGCUACAGUUCUUUGACUAAUCUUCUCGUUGACAAUCUGGAUGAGCAAAAGAUUCGUUUAGCUACUCCCGUGGAAACUAUUCACUGGCGAGACUACCAUGACUCUCCACACGACCCUUUGAUCACCGUGAACAUUUUCGAUGGGACCCAAAUCCUUGCCGAUGCGGUCAUAGUCACUUGUUCGCUUGGUUACUUGAAAGAAAACUACCAGAAGAUGUUCCAACCGCUGUUACCGAAACGUCUGAAUAUCGCUAUUAAGGAUCUUGGUUUUGGAACGAUUAACAAGAUUUUCCUGGACUUCGGCGAACCGUGGUGGCAAGGAAACGUCAAUGGUUUCCAGCUACUCUGGCGCAGAAACGUCGAUUGCCAAUCUUUACCGGAAUGGACUAAAGAUCUCACGGGAUUCGACGUUCUGCCGACUCAUCCUGCCACUCUUAUAGUAUGGGUCGGUGGGCGAGGAGCGUGUAUCAUUGAGAAUUUGUCAGAGGAGGUCAUCGCGAAAGAUUGCAUGAACUUAUUGAUGCACUACUUGCAAAGUCGCAAUAUUCCACCGGUGAGGAAAUGCGUCCGAACCAAGUGGAACGGCAAUAGGUAUGUGAGAGGUGGUUACAGUCACAUCACUAAGAGUUGCGAGGAGGACAAUGUCUCGCCUAGGACGUUGGCCGAACCGGUCUGGGCAACAAUAUUGCAGAAUGACGCAAAGAGGAAAAAGAAUUUACCAAUCAUACUAUUCGCCGGCGAAGCUACGCACGACGAAUUUUACUCGACGACGCAUGGAGCUUAUGAGACAGGAAUCCAUCAAGCUGAAGUAUUCUUGCAACAUCAUGCAAGCAUCAAGUAAAUACAUAAAAUGUGAUGAUAUGUAGAUAUAUAAAUAUAUUAGUGCAAUAAAGCUUUUUUAGCGUUCACAUAGUAA